GAGAUCAGUCUCCAUAAGCGAAGCUCUAGAAACACCGCCAUUAACGGCUCGCUGCACCAUUUUUGAUCGUUGAUCAGUCGUCGAUCCUCUUUAGCGAUUUGAUUUUAGUUGUCAAAUUCGAAAAAUGGAAUCGGUCAUUGUAGUGGCCAUUGCAUCUGUUAUCUUCGGUGCGUUGAUCGCCGUGCUCUUCUUCGGUAACUACUUCCGGAAGCGGACAUCGGAGGUGCAAUCAAUGGCCAAAGCGGAGCCUCAGGAUCCGAUCCGGAAUCCCAAAUCGAAUCAUCCUGCUCCCAAGAAGAAUCAUCCCAAAUCUCAAGCGUCCGACAAGAACCAGAACAAACGGCACCAUCCGUUAGACUUAAACACGUUGAAAGGCCACGGUGAUGCUGUUACUGGACUCUGUUUCUCAUCCGAUGGAAGGAGCUUGGCCACAGCUUGCGCUGAUGGAGUGAUCAGGGUGUUCAAGCUAGAUGAUGCCUCAAGCAAAAGCUUCAAAUUCUUAAGGAUAAAUCUUCCUGCUGGAGGGCAUCCAACCGCUGUGACAUUUGCUGACGAUGCCUCAUCUAUUGUUGUGGCUUGUCAUCAUAUGUCUGGUUCAUCUUUGUACAUGUACGGUGAAGAAAAGCAAAAGGAUCCGCAAGGGAAGCUUCCUCUUCCUAGUAUCAAAUGGGACCACCAUCAUAUUCAUGAGAAGAGAGCAGUCCUUACCAUCUCUGGAGCUACUGCAACUUACGGUACUGCUGAUGGAAGUGCUGUCAUUGCCUCUUGUUCUGAAGGGACUGAUAUCAUACUUUGGCAUGGGAAAACUGGGAGGAAUUUGGGACAUGUUGAUACAAACCAGUUGAAGAACCACAUGGCAGCUGUAUCCCCUAAUGGCCGUUUCUUGGCAGCUGCAGCAUUUACUGCAGAUGUGAAGGUGUGGGAAAUUGUGUAUCAGAAAGAUGGUUCUGUGAAGGAGGUUUCAAGAGUAAUGCAACUUAAAGGCCACAAGAGUGCAGUGACUUGGUUAUGCUUUUCUCCAAACUCAGAGAAAAUCAUCACCGCUUCAAAAGAUGGUUCAAUAAGAGUCUGGAACAUCAAUGUCCGCUAUCAUCUUGAUGAGGAUCCAAAGACUUUGAAAGUGUUCCCGAUUCCACUUUGCGACUCAGGAGGCAAUAUGUUGCACUAUGAUCGUCUCAGCUUAUGCCCAGAGGGAAAGAUAUUGGCAGCAAGCCAUGGUUCCACAUUGCAGUGGUUAUGUGCUGAAACUGGAAAUGUCUUGGACACAGCUGAGAAAGCCCACGAAGGGGAUAUCACAUGCAUUUCUUGGGCACCCAAGGCUAUCACAGUUGGGGAGAGACAUGCCAUGGUUUUAGCGACAUCAGGCGAUGACAAGAAAGUGAAGCUCUGGGAAGCUCCAAAGUCACAAUCUUUGUAGACUCGCAUACACGGAGUCCCUUGAUCACAUGAGGAAUAUUUAAACGGCACAACUUUCUAGGAAAAAAACUCUAAUAGGUUUUGUUUCGAGUCCCGAGCUGGGAUCAAAUGAGGGGUGGUUUAAGUGUCUUAUAACUUUUGAAUUUUUGGAUUUUGCUUAUAAAGGUUGUACAAUACUCACUCUUCUUCGUUUUCCAAAUUUAAAAAGCACACAACAACAGUAUAAGAUAUAUGAAUGGAUUAUAGUUACUA